GCGGCUCGGCGGCGGGUCUGCGGGCCGGGCGGGCCCCAUGGGCGGGUGUGUGGGCUCCCACCACGACUCCUCAGGCAGCCUCAACGAGAACUCGGACGGCACCGGAGUUGCUCUUGGUCGUAAUCAGCCCUUGAAAAAAGAGAAACCGAAAUGGAAGAGUGACUACCCCAUGACAGACGGACAGUUGCGAAGCAAGAGAGACGAGUUUUGGGACACAGCACCAGCUUUCGAAGGUCGCAAGGAGAUUUGGGAUGCCCUCAAGGCUGCUGCACACGCUUUCGAGAGCAAUGAUCACGAACUGGCACAAGCGAUUAUUGAUGGUGCAAACAUAACACUACCACAUGGUGCUCUUACGGAGUGUUACGAUGAACUGGGCAACCGCUACCAGCUUCCCGUCUACUGCCUCGCCCCACCUAUCAACAUGAUAGAGGAAAAGGGCGACCUGGAGACUCUGGAUAUUCCUGAUCCCCCACCCAAUUCAGGGCACGAAUGCCAGCUUCGUUUGCGCCUGUCCACAGGCAAAGACCUCAAACUCAUGGUCCGCAGCAUGGACACGGUGUACCACAUGAAGAGGCGGCUGCACGCGGUGGAGGGAGUGGAGCCGGGCAGCCAGCGCUGGUUCUUCUCGGGCAGGCCGCUGGCAGACAAAAUGAAACUGGAGGAGCUGAAAAUCCCAAAGGACUACGUGGUGCAAGUCAUCGUGAGCCAGCCCUUAGCAAAUCCCACCCCGGUGGAAAACUGAUUUCUGCUUGUUUAUUGAUUCUUCUUUCCUCCGUCUCUAUCACGGGGUUUGUUUUCACUGCCCUCUCUUCUUUCGGUUUGUCCUGCCUAA